GGGAGAGGGACGAGGCGUCCGAAACAGUGCGCGCGUGCGUUAUAGACGGGCGUCUGCGUCGAAAAGAGGCGGCGGCGAGCAGUGAAGGCUCGAGCUGUUUUUUUUUUUUCUUCUUCUUCUUUUCUUCCUGAGGAGUUCGGCGAGGGAGAGGAGGAGAGAGGAGCGCGCAAAGUGUUCGGGAAAAGCCUCGGAACGCGGAGGAGGGAGGAAGUUUGCUCUGUUUGUUUUGUUGUUUUUGUUUGUUUCGCCACUCUGAGCUCGCGCUCUUCUGGUUGCGAUGAACGCCCGAGAGGAGAACCUGCUGAAGUCGAUCAGCGGCGACGCGCUGCUGGACCUCACGCAGCGCUACGGCCAGUCCGCGCUCGCUUUCGGCGCCGGCCGUGGUGCUGAAAGCCCCGCGCGCUGCUACCCUCUCGCUCCCGCCGCCGCCGCCGCGGCCGCAGCUGACUUCCUGUCCGCGCGGGCGGCCAAAGCGGGCGAGAGCGGCGGCGAGCACACGAGCGACGACGACGACGGCUUCGAGCUGGACGCGCGCAAGAGGAGCCCCGCUUUCCACGACGUGCACGGCGACGGCCACCUGGACGGCCACGGCGGACACGACGGCGACGAGAAGCGCGCGGGCGGCGCGCUCGCCAAGAAGCCCAAGGAGCAGCGCUCGCUGCGGCUGAGCAUCAACGCGCGCGAGCGGCGGCGCAUGCACGACCUGAACGACGCGCUGGACGGCCUGCGCGCCGUCAUCCCCUACGCGCACAGCCCGUCCGUGCGCAAACUGUCCAAGAUCGCCACGCUGCUGCUCGCCAAGAACUACAUCCUGAUGCAGGCGCAGGCGCUCGAGGAGAUGCGCCGGCUCGUGGCCUACCUCAACCAGGGCCAGGCGGUCACGUCGUCGCCCGUGGCGCCCGCGCUCGCGCCCUUCGGACAGGCCGCCGUGUACCCGUUCACGGGCGCGGCGCUGGCCAGCUGCGCCGAGAAGUGCGCGUACCCGGGCUCGCCCGCGAGCCUCUUCAAACACUGCGGAGACAAGCCUUGACUGCGCGCGCGGGCGGGAGGGGCGCGGAACUGAACUUGUAGAGAGAGCCCGCCGCGCGCUCUGUACUCCACUACCGCGCGCUUGAACAUCAGAUUUCGUUGGGAAAGAAAAGAAGACGCAUAAUCCUACAGCGUGUUUAACUAACUGCGGUGUUAUAUCCAGAUUUACCAGAUGAUGUAAAAAAUAAUGUCUGUGUGGACUGAGAGCCACAGUGUAGAGUGGAUUCAGGUCUUCUGGGUCAUCAGAGAAUAAAACACUCUUAUUUAUUCUGAAUUCAGCGGGUCUGCGUUAUUGUAAACCUUCUCGAUGAGCGAAACUGAACAGGCAAAGAAAUGAAGCGCGAGAAACAGAAGAAAAGAGCGGCUUUAGCGUUCAAGGCCUAUGACGUAUGUCCCAUUUAACGCACCAUCCUGUAUGACCUGAUGGCCCGUAAUACCUGAACCCACCCUGCUUUAAAUUCCCCCCAGUUCCACUGCUUUCUCUCCUCUCUCCUCAAACUAAGCUCAAACAAAUUGUUACCAGUGUGUGAUUUACUGGAUUGCAUUGGAGUGCAUGUUCAUUUUUGGUCCCUCUGGA